AUGGCUCCCAAAUUUGAACAGGUCUUUGCGAUGAGAGGGUAUAUGUCCAAAGAAAACACUGUCAACCUCAAGGCUAUCAAAGGCGGGCCGGUUCGAGUCGUCGUCCCGAUUACCCAUGGAUUCAUCAAAGGCUCUGGGUUGGACGCUGAAAUUCUACCUGGUGGUGGUGAUUGGAUUUUGUUGGAUACCUCCACGGGUGUGGCCCAUCUAGAUGUCCGCACACAGGCCCGAACUUCCGAUGGUCAUGAGCUCUAUGUCCAUUACCAUGGCGUCCUGAAAAUCGAUGAGGCCGCCAACAAAGUGCUGGCGUGGAGUCCCGACGCCAAAACAACCAAAUCCGGGGACCACGAAUGGUUCUCGGCUCCGAUCAUCGAGACAAGCGACCCCAAAUUCAAAUGGGUUGAGACAAGUCUGUGGGUUGGUCAGGGACAUUGGGUGGCCGAUGAGACUGGCUUUGCAGUCGAAUACGAGAUCUACAAGGUGGUCAACUAG